AUUUAAGUGUUCUUUACUCGAAUCAACAGACAGAAGAACUCAAUUAUUCAUUCAUACUUUGAAUAGGAAAGCUGCCUUUCCGCUCCUUCAUUCCUUUUUUUAAUUCAACGCAGAAGAAAACCCAAAAAAGAAAAAAAAAGGGAAAAAUUAAAAAAAAAAAAACACGCAGUUUCACAUACAUUAGAAUCCCGUCUGUCUUUCUCUUCGCUGUUUCUCUCUGGUUUUUGAGUCUCUGUUUCUCUCUCUCUUUCCAGAAGAAGAAAGCGAAGGAGAGAAGAAAAGAGAUCUCUUAUCUUUUUAUAUAUUUCGUUCUUCCUUUUGAAGCUUUAAUUCCCCUUCUUUUUGAUCUGUUUGAUCUUCUCUGCAUUGUCGGACUCCGCCAAUAUGAACAACCUAUUAACGGAUUCGUUUGUCAUCCCUAAGGGUGAAACUUCACGGGAUGGAGAUAUUGAAAUGGGAUCACAGCCACCGAUGAACUCAGGAGAACUUGGCCUGGACAAUUUUUUUAAGAAGGUGCAAGGGAUUGAGAAGCAAUUCGAGAAACUGAAUCAGCUGCUUAGAAAGCUACAGGAUGCCCAUGAGGAAUCAAAGGCUGUAACCAAAGCCUCGGCCAUGAAAGGAAUUAAGCAAAGAAUGGAGAAAGAUGUCGAUGAAGUCGGAAAAGUUACUCGUUUCAUCAAAUCAAAAAUAGAGGAACUUGACAGAGAGAAUUUGGCUAAUAGACAAAAGCCUAACUGUGGGAAAGGUUCAGCUGUUGACAGAUCAAGAUCUGCCACAACAGUUGCUCUGAAAAAGAAGUUCAAGGAUAAGAUGUCUGAAUUCCAGACUUUGAGGGAGAACAUUCACCAAGAGUAUCGUGAGGUUGUUGAAAGACGAGUAUUUACAGUAACUGGAACUCGAGCAGAUGAAGAGACCAUUGAUAAAAUGAUAGAGACUGGGGAUAGUGAACAGAUCUUCCAGAAAGCUAUUCGAGAACAGGGCCGUGGACAGAUAAUGGAUACGCUUGCUGAAAUUCAAGAACGCCAUGAUGCUGUCCGAGAUUUAGAGAAGAAGCUUAAUGACUUGCAACAGAUAUUCUUAGACAUGGCAGUUUUAGUAGAUGCUCAAGGCGACAUGCUUGAUAAUAUUGAGACACAGGUUUCAAAUGCAGUAGAUCACGUGCAGAGUGGAAAUGUUGCCCUUCAAAAGGCAAAGUCACUGCAAAAGAACUCCAGAAAAUGGAUGUGCUUCGCAAUCCUUAUUCUCCUUAUUAUUGUGGCAAUUAUUGUCGUGGGAGUUCUCAAGCCAUGGAGCAACAAGAACGGUGCUUAGAUUUGUUUUUUCCUCCUAUGUAGGCUGUAUAAAUUCAAACCAAAAAGGGAAAGAGAGAAGUAUAAAAUCCAUUCCAUUUGGUUUUCUAUUAUGUCUUCAUUCUUUGGAGAGUUGGUUUAAUUGGCUGCUGAGUUUUAUAAUGUGUGUAAUAUUAUUCUUUGCUGGUGCACAUAAUCUCUGCUUCGUUCUACACGUUAUAUACACUAACAUAUACUGAUACCAUGUGAAGGUUAUAUAUAUAAAUUCUUUGGUGUUUUUCAUGGA